GGCUGCGCACGCGUCCCAGAUACAACCCGCGGAGCCGCGCGCGCCGCCUCACUCACUUUUGUUCCGCGCUCAGAGUGGGACGCACAGAGCGAGCGAGAGAGAGGGGGGAGGGAGACAGGCAGCGACCCCACAGCCUCAUCCUCCUGCAGCGCACGGCCACUGAGGCCAGCACGAGCCGUGCACUUCCACGCCCACACGGCCACAGCGCCACUCCGCAUCGAGGGGCCACACACUCGAUGGGCGUUCCCUCUUAGCGCGACAGUAGCUCCCGUGUGCCGCGCGUAUUUACCUGCGCUCCAUUCUCAGGCGGGGUGGGGGAGUAAUCGAGUCACGAUGUCGCCGCUCCUCUCGCUGCUGUUGCUGCUGCUGCUGCCGGUGCCGAGCGCCGCGCAGCGCGGGGCGCUCCGGUUCAGCGUGCGCGAGGAGGAGCCCCCGGGCACGGUCAUCGCGCGCCUCGCCGACCUCUUCCUCGAGCAGCAACGCGACGGGGACGACCGCGACGGCGAGGAGGGCAGCGAAGCGGGGGCAGCGGCGGCGGGGGCCGCCCCGUCGCGCUUCGUGGUGAUGGACGCGCGCGGCGCGGACCUCCCGCUCGGCGUGCACGGACGCGACGGCACGCUGAGCGUGGCCCGCGCGCUCGACCGCGAGGCGCUGUGCCCGCGCGCCGACCCGGGCCCCGUCGCCGCCGCUUCCGCCGCCGCCUGCGUCAUCUCCAUGGACGUGGCGGCCGAGUUCGAGGAGCCGCGCGCCGCGUUCCGCCUCGUGCGCGUGCACGUGGAGGUGCUCGACGUGAACGACCACGCGCCGGAAUUCCCGCGCGCCGUCAUCCCCGUGGAGGUGAGCGAGAGCGCCCCCGUGGGCACGCGCUUCCCGCUGGACGCGGCGCGCGACCCGGACGUGGGGGAGAACGCGCGCAUCGAGUACUCCCUGGCGCCCUCGCAGCACUUCAGGCUGGAGGUGGGGGCCGCGGGGCCCGGCCAAGGGGCCCUGGCCGAGCUGGUGGUGACGCGCGCGCUGGACCGCGAGGAGCGCGCCCUGCACGAGCUGCGGCUGACGGCGCGCGACGCGGGCGCGACCCCGCGCGCGGGCACGGCGCUCGUGCGCGUCAGCGUCCUGGACACCAACGACAACAGCCCCGCGUGGGCGCGCGCCGCCUGGGAGGCCGAGGUGCGCGAGGACGCGGCCGCGGGCUCCACCGUGGCGCGCCUCUCGGCAUCCGACCCGGACGAGGGCCCCAGCGGCGAGGUGGUCUACUCGCUGAGCGCGCACGCGGGUCCCGACGCGCGCCGCCUGUUCCGCGUGGACGCCUCCACGGGGCUGGUGACCCUGGCGCGCGCGCUGGACCGCGAGCAGCGGGCCUCGCACACCGUGCACGUGCAGGCCAGCGACCUGGGCCCGCACGCCGUGCCCGCGCACAGCCUCCUCACCGUGCGCGUCAUCGACGUGAACGACAACGAGCCCGCGCUGCGCGUGCGCGUGCUCGCCGAGCGCGUGUCCGAGGCGGCGCCGCGCGGCACCCUCGUGGCGCACGUGACGGCGUGGGACGCGGACGCGGGGGACGACGGCCGCGUGAGCGUGGAGCUGCUGGAGGAGGGAGGCGGCGGCGGCUCCGCCGCGCGCGGGUUCCUGGCGCUCGUGGCGCGGGACGCGGACGGAGCCGCGGCCUCGGCGGCGGGGGGGGCGGGGGGAGGCGGCGGCGCCGCCUUCGUGCUGCUCACGGACCGCGCGCUGGACCGCGAGCGCGCGGAGGAGAUCAACGUGACGGUGGUGGCACGCGACCACGGCUCCCCGCCGCGAUCGUCCUCGCGUUCCUUCACGCUGCGCAUCGCCGACGAGAACGACAACGCUCCCGCGUUCCCGCGCGCCGUGCUCGACGCCUCGGUGCCCGAGAACGCGCGGCCGGGCACCCUCGUGGCGAGCGUGACGGCGAGGGACGCGGACGCGGCGCACAACGCGCGCGUCUCCUACGCGCUGCUGAGCACGCACGGCGACGAGCACGAAGACGACGUGACGGAGCUGCUGCGCGUGGAUCCCGCCACGGGCGCCGUGCGCACGUUGCGCCCGCUCGACCGCGAGGAGCACGCGCUGCUCACGUUCCGCGUCCGCGCCCAGGACUCGGGGACGCCGCCGCUCGCCAGCGACGUCACCGUGCACGUGCGCGUGCUCGACGCGAACGACAACGCACCCGCCAUCGACGUCGGCGCGACGCGCUCGCUCGCGGUGCCCGUGGGCGCGCCCGCCGGGCACCCGGUGGGCACCGUGCGCGCGCGCGACCCCGACGAGGGGCUCAACGGCGCCGUGGAGCUGUCCGUGGCGGGCGAGUCGCCGCUCUCCAUCUUCGAGCUGAGCCCCGGCACGGGGCAGCUGCGCACCCGCGUCCCGGUGCCGCGCUCCGCGCUGGGCGUGCACGCGCUCGUGGUGGUGGCGACCGACUCGGGGGAGCCGCGCCUCUCCACCACCGCCACCGUCUCCGUCACCGUGAUGCUGCAGGAGGAGAUGGAGCGACGCGGCGGCGGGGCGGCCGGAGCCGCGCACGGAGUCGCGUACAGCGCCGCGCUGGGCUCGCUCGGCACGGCGUGCGCGCUGCUCGUCCUCGCGCUGGCGGUCGCGGCCGCGAGGCGCGGGGUGAAAAGCGCGUUCAGGCGCGACGAGGAGCGCGGGGGCGAGGAGGAGGAAGAGGAGGAGGGGGAGGAGGAGGGGGCCUCCGACUCGAGCUCCCGCGCGCUGCACGCGGAGCGCGGCGCGGGGCGCGGCUCCCUGGGCAGCCUGGGUCUCAGCAGCAGCUGCAGUAGCAGCAGCAGCAGUGCGGACGCCGCUCCUCUCGAGCGCACGGCUCAUCCCGAGUACCUGAGCGUUGGCGACGCGGCACCGAGGCCCCUGGAGGUGUCGCAGCUGCUCGCCCUGCUGCACCAGGGCGAGUACCACCCGCGGCCCAGCUUCAAGGGGAACGCGCGGACGCGCAGCUUCAGGAGUUUGCCCACGGAGCCCGACCAGCUGAGCUCGCGGGACAGCGCGCGCGGGGACAGCGACACGGGCGGCAGCGGCUCCGAGGGUCGCGCCUCGCCCUGCGCACUCGGAGGAACGUGCACGGCCGAGUGCAGGGUGCUGGGCCACUCGGACUCGUGCUGGCUGCCCGCCACGGACGCGCCCUACCCGCGCGGAGGAUCUCCUCCGCUCGUCGACGCCGCGCCGCCGCCGCCGGCUCUCAACAACCUGCGGGGCGGCCCCCCGCCGCACGCGGCCUGCAGCACCCUGCCACCCCGCUGCGAGCGGUGGCUCGCGGGGCCCCGGGGCGGCGGGGCCGCGAGCGGCGCCGACCUCCGGAGUCUCGACGCGCCGCCGAGGAAGCUCUUUCCCCGCGGGGCCGACGAGGCCGCGAGUGCGCCGCGCCUGCCGUGAGAGCGCGGGGCGCCGUGCCGCCCGACGUUCCGUCGCGACGCUCGCCGCCUCGGCCCGAGGCGAGCGGAGAGACCGAGAGACGACAGCGGCGUCGUCCUUCGCGAGGGUCGAGGGUCGCCCCCGGUGACGCGCUGUGGUACAGCGCGGGCCGCACGGGGCUACGGCGCGAGGCGCUUUGUCUUGAGCAGAGGUCCUCGUCCAUUCCCGUUGCGCGGCGCACUUCAGAACUUCAGUAACCUGAGAACUUAUUCGAGUUUCGCGGCUCACCGGAUCAAAAACUCUUUGCCCAACUGCGCUCGCGCGACCGAGGGAGUUGAGAGGGCCGGGGUGGGGGCUGACGGCUGUCGGUCACCGUCCCGAGCCGUGAUCAAUGGAGAGGCGAGGACGGGAGAUGGGGGUGGGGCCUGGAUCGGCCACUGAACGGCACGGCGAGGGAGACUUCGUCUGUCCUAGCUUGCAAACAGCGAGCUUCUUUCCUAUCAUUGCGAAAACCUCGCGGCACACGUGGCACUUCGCCACGGCGCAGCGAGUCGCCGCUGCGGCCGUGCAGCACUUUGUCUCGAGGAAGUCGUCAGCGGUCUGGUGAGCGAGUGACGCUGGCUCCGUGCACCCGGGAACCCCCCCCCCCCACGUGGGGGGGGGGGGGGGAACACGCGAUUUUAUUCGCGCGGUGCCGCGGACUUGUACAUGAGAAGCACAAAUAUUUAUUUUUCUAUCCACUUGUUGAUGAUUUAUGAGCGAAAACUGACUUUAUUCAGCGUGAAGCGGACCAUGCAGAGUGCAUUGGGGCAACGCAGAUGCACUCGCCGGUACUCUCAGUGUUCACGUGUCCAUUGCCAAGUUGACAGCAGCUCACCACUACGAGCUGCCGCUGCACGUUGAAAGUGAUGGGGGACAGAUUCUACUGAUCCUCUGACAAGUUGUGUUGUAUACAUCUGGCCAGGGUGGAUGAAGAGUAGGCCAAGUACCCUUCGUAGUGGCCAGCCGUCGCGUGGCUGAGCAGUGACAGGGCUGCACCUUUAACCGACAUCUUGGAACACCCAGAAACAUAUCCGGUUGCAAAAGUUGGUGAAACCCACAUUGCCUGUCUCGUAUAGAAGUCACGUGUUUACUCCAGGGAGAGUUGACCUGUGCGCUAUUCAAUUAUUUUAGCAAAUGUCUGUGUCGACUUCAGUGGGAGGUCCCAGUCACUGGGCCCCAAGUAUCCCAGGAUCAGUCAUCAACUCGUGAGCCAUGUGGCAGAGGCGGAGCUCUCGAGGGUGCAGGCGGUGCACCUGCACUGGGGCCCACUUGCCAGAGGGCCCCAGGCGCCGGCUUGCAAAGCGAGCAGGGGCCUCAUCUCGUCCCUUGCACCACGACCCAUGCCGGCCGCUAUUGGCACACCCAUCGUAUGUCGGAGCGGCACAGCUGCAGCCAUGCCGACAGUCCAGGGGCCAAAGCAGAGACUGAUACCGCCUACGGCACGAGAACUUGGGCCACACCGAGUGAAUUAGACGGCUUAUGAGAAUGAAUCACUUGAUAAUCCCACUCGUUUAAAAUUGGCAUCGCAUAAUUCACCGUUAUUGUCCACCUACAGAAAGUGUAACUGAUAAAGUGAUGCCACCUCAGUUGGUACCGAUGAGUGACACGUGUGUUGGUCUGGGCUCAUGGGUGACAAGUCGGAAAUGCGUUGUAAUCAGUGUCCGCCACUCUGCUCGCCACUGCCGCCGCUGCUGCUGCGCUGGUGUUCAUGCUGCGAGGCGAACAGCGACUACCCCGCGUGCCGUGAUUGCUCCCAUUCACCCGCCUGUUGUGUGUGACUGAUGCACGCGCGGUGUGUACAGCCACACCUUGUAUUGUACUGCAGUUGUCUGAAGUGUUGACGGUAAAAUCGACGCUUUAUAUAUUUUUGUAUUAGAGGCUGCUUAAGCAUCAUCGACCGCUUUGAGUGGAUUCAUGUGCAUGGCUGAGCUUCACGUUGACCUGCUCCACACCUGUAUUCACACAUGCAUGGCGUUUUGCGUGACUGAGCGCGUCAGUCGGAGUGCUGUCUAACUCUAGAGCAGCAGAGCUGUUCUAAUCGCAUUCAAAGUCCUCGCCUUUUUUUCCAGCUUGCUGCGUCUUUAAUAAAAUAAAAAUCCACGUGGUCCAUCGGGCGCG